UGAUUGGUCCGCUCGGCUGUCAAUCACUGCUGUUUACAUCAAACGUCGCGAGGUGGAAUUUCCCAGGUUACGGCAUAGACUCAGUAGACUACUUCCGCAGUAGAUGUCUGUCUAGCCACAGAGACGAGAGGCCACAGCAAGCUGAAAGUUCAGAAGAUCAUGUUUAGUAAGUGAACGACGGCGAUGGAAGGGAAAGGUCCGUAUCGCAUCUACGAUCCCGGUGGGAGUGAGGUCAAGGCCAGGGAUGAGGUUGUGGGGGGCAGCAGCUAUCGCCAGCUGCUGGAGGAGAACAGCAUGCUGAGGGAACGGAUGAAGGGACUUAAGAGCUUAGGUGAUCUUUUGGAAGAAUCCCAGUCGGAGGCGUCGAGGCUUCGACAGCGGGUGGAGGAGCUGGUGAGGGACAAUGAAGCUUUAAAGUCAGCCAGCUAUGCCGCCAGUCUGUGCGCGGGAGCGCCCGUUCACACCGAGGCUCAAAGCAAACCCUGUUUACACCCCACUGCAGAGAAGGAGGAGCAAUCAAGCUGUUUAGGGAGAACACUUCAGCCAGAGAAGCCCCAUGAGGCCUUAUUGGAAUCUGAAAGGGGGAAUAUGGAGGGAAGGAACUCUGAUGCCUUGGCUGCCGGGUUGGUGGCAGGAGCGCUUCCCCAGCUUCCUCAGGAGAACAACGAGCUGGCGAGUCAGCUGAAGCGGCUGGAGAGCUCUUUCAGCAUAUUUGCAGAGGAGUCGAACCCAAACCAGCUGCUGGCUCACCUCGGCCGCAUGGCGGUGGAGUUUCACCAUCUCUCCUCAAAGGUCCAGAAGAACGAACAGAGGACCUCUCUCCUACAGACGCUGUGUGAGCAGCUCAGACAGGAAAACAAUGAGCUUCGAAAGAAAAUGGAAGAAGAUCAUCAUAUCAGGAAUCGAGACUUGGAGCAGCUCAGACUGGAGAAUCAGAAACUGAAGGAGCUGGUCACGGGAGGAACAGCAGUGGUGUCGACUGCUUCACCGUCAGAAACGGAGACUCCAGAGGCAAAAGACGAGCCGGUUAAGGAGGAAUCUCCGGCUGUUCGACCUAAAAUGGAGGCCACCACACCGCAGAAGAGUGGAAAAUCAGCAGAGAAAACCCCAGCUAAAGCAUGUGACAUAGAGGUGUACGAAAAGAAGAUCAAGCUUUUGGAGAAGCAGAGAAAGGAUGUUCUGGAGGUGAACAAGCAGUGGGACAUUCAGUGGAACGCCAUGAAGUCACAGUUUGAGCAGAAGAUCACAGACCUCAGGCAACGUCUGGCCGAGUCCCAGAAAACUGUGCUGGAGCUGGAGGCCGAGCGAGAGCAGAGGCAGCGCGACUACGACAAGAAACUGCUGCUGGCCAAGUCCAAGAUUGAGAACGUACAGGGUGAGAAGGAGUGUUUAAACUCUGAAACAACUGAGCUGAAGCAGAAGGUUCGCUACCUGCAGGAUCAGCUGCUGCCCCUCAGUAAGCAGAGGGAAUACCAGGAGAAAGAGAUCCAACGCCUGAACAGGGCCUUGGAGGAAGCCUUGAACUUGCAUUCCCCCUCUUCCUCUCAGCAGCCUCCUGGACCCGGGAACUUUGCAGAUGCAGCCAAUAACCUGAAAAAACAGGAGCUGCUCACACAAAUCGCUGUACUAAAAGAACAGGUGAAAAUCUUCGAAGAGGACUUUAGGAAAGAAAGAAGUGACAGGGAGCGGAUGAAUGAGGAGAAAGAGGAUCUGAGACGGCAAGUUGAGAGGCUCCAGGGUCAGAUCACCAAUUUGACCAAUCAACUUCAUCAAGCUCAGAACGAGUGUCAGAGAGAACGCACAGAGAGAUGUAAGCUGGAGAGACUGCAGAUGCAGCAUCACAAACAGGGGCAGCAGCAGGAAAGACGUACCUCAGACCCCACGUCGGGCUCAGUGAACGGCCCGCUGAGUCCUCCCUACUGUGGUCCCUUUGUGCAGGUGGGAACGCAGGGCCUGGAGGGCUGGCCCAUUCACUUCCCUCCCCGGAUGCCCAACGCAGCGGGCGCCACAGCAGCAGCCGCCGCCGCAGCACCGCCCCCAGCUCGAGACUUCCAACCCGUUACCCCGGGUUUUCCAUGGCAGAUGUCAUUCCCUCAACCACGAGGGGCCAGAGCAGUAGGAGAGAGCUCAAGACCGCCACCAGAGAAUGCAGAUCAGUCAACAGCAGCCACAGCAACAGGGUUUGGCAAAAGGGAGAGACAGAACAUCGACCCCGGAAAGCACUAAAGCAUCACCGUACCCAUCUGAUGGAGUCUGGGUAGUAGCAUGAAACUGUCUUUGAGUUGACAAGGUGUGAUUGAGAUAUAAUUUUCCUACUGAACUGUAGAUAUCCUAUUGUAAUGUUGUUUAUACUUGCGUUUUAUAAGGCUAUUUGUGAAACACUUCGCUAUUCUGAAUAUAUAUAAAUAUAUACAUAUUAUUUAGAUUUUUUUAUCUGGAACUGAAGUCCUUUUGUUAAAUGAGUUUGAAUAAUUAUCAUUGCUUUCUUCUUUUCUUUUUUUCCUUCUGCAAAAUAUACCUAUGUAAUUGUCUCUCUGCAAGUAUGUAACACCUUAACACUUUGAUUAACUUGUAGGGUUACUGGAAGCCAUUCCCCAAAAGCAAAUAGGACAACACGUGCUCUUUCCAGCACUGAAUGAUUAUAUAGGUACAAUAAAUCAUAGAAGUAAAAACGAUGUGAAUGUUAAUUGAUUUUAUGAGGAUUUCUACAGUGUCAUCGAUGUUCUAGAAAUGUCUAAUAUGUGUAACUGUUCAAAAGUGGUUGUUGAAAUACAAAAAUUUGGGUAAAUGAAUUUUGAUACCAAAAAACCAAAAAACAUGAUUGUGAUUACUAAGAAUUUAUUUAUAACCUGCUGUUUUGAUAGUCGCAUUUACUGAGUGUAAAUCAUUGUCUUUAGUAAUGCUGUUCUUUCUAUGUUGUUAGUGUAAUCCCAAUAUAUUGUAGCUAUUGACAUUGUAUGUUUGUAUCAGACACAAUACACAAUGCACAUUACUUAGCCACCCUUUUUUUCCAUGAUGAUGGACCUAAUCUCAUUAAACAACACUUCUACUUGGUUUUA